AUGGUGUCGUUGUGGAGUACGUUUGUAAAUAUUCAUUAUAAAAAACAUUUGUUAAUAUCUAUAAUUCUUAGAAUAGUACUAGUAGUUUACGGCAUCCAUCAUGAUCAGAUCUCGAAAUUAAAAUAUACAGAUAUUGACUAUAAGGUUUUCACUGAUGCCUCGAGGCAUUAUUUAGAAGGUAACUCACCCUAUAAUAGGCACACUUAUCGUUACAGCCCGUUAGUAGCUAUACUCUUAAUUCCAAAUGUCACACUCCAUCAUAGCUUCGGUAAAAUUCUCUUUUGUAGUAUUGAUAUUAUCGUAGCACUUUUAAUAAGAUUAAUUGUUAAAAAUACUAUAAAAGAGUAUGAAUGUUACAAACAAAAGGAUUCAAAGAAGUCAAAGUUACAAGAUAUUAGCAAGCUAAAAAAUGCAAACGGAAAAAACAGAAAAAAACUGCGGCAAUCAAAUAAACAGCAUUUGAAUGUCACCAAAGCUGAGUUAGAAUCUAAAAAUUAUAUUGAUCUAAUGUCAGAUACAGCUAUGAUGGUUUGGUUGUAUAAUCCGAUGACUAUCGCUAUUGGAACAAGAGGAAACUGUGAUACUUUAGCAGGAUUCCUAGUCCUUUUAACACUAUACUUUCUACAGUGUAAACGAUAUAUUUUUCUCACAGGCAUCAUACAUGGAAUUUCCAUCCAUUUUAGGCUGUAUCCAAUCAUAUACAGCUUAACAUACUUUAUGUUUUUGAGUAAGUAUUCUUUUUAUACUACUGAAGAUCGUAGGAAAAACUUACAAAAACCAUUAGCCAUAGAUGAAACCCCAAACUUGAAGAAACUUAAAAACAUAGAGAAUACUAUUGUCCAAACAUCCUCUAUGGGUGGUCAUAAGCUAGUACCACAAAACGUUAAGACUGAAAAAAGAACUAUCUUUAAAAAAGAAUACUUGGUGUACUUAGUUCCAAAUUUAGAUCAGUUAAAACUGAUUUCUGGUUGUCUCUUGUCAUUAUCAUUUCUGACCUGGUAUUUUUAUAGUUUAUUCGGCUAUACUUUCCUAUAUGAGACAUAUUUGUACCAUGUAUUACGAAAAGAUCCAAGACACAACUUUUCUCUUUAUUUUUACCUACAGUAUCUCACAGCUUGGGUAAAAAACAUUGGGUACUGGCAAAAGGCCUUGAUGAUACUACCUCAAUUAGUACUCAUAUUAGUGUUCUCGGUUAGAUAUGGCUUGAAUAGGUUUUCAUUAAACUUUUCUAUCCUUACGCAAACAAUCGUUAUGGUUAUAUACAAUGGUGUGCUUACAUCUCAGUACUUUGUAUGGGUCAUGGCAGUUUUACCUUUGUGUCUUUGGCAGAUAAAGCUCUCUAAGCUCAUGGGAGCAGUACUUCUUUUAAUAUGGUACAUUGCACAAGGUGUUUGGUUGUUGCCUGCCUAUUUAUUAGAGUUCCAGGGCCAGAAUACAUUUUUGUAUAUUUGGAUACAAAGUGUAUCUUUCUUCUGUGCCAAUAUUGCAAUAUUAGGGAGACUGAUCAUGUAUUUUAUGCCUAUUCAUGAUAAAGGUGAAUAAUAAUUAUAAUAGAUAAAUAUAUUAAUGACCUAGGAGUGAAAUCAGAUAAUUGGCAAAUGUUUUUCUUAUUGUUAAUUAUUUCUAUCUAUUUAUUUGGAGCUAUCAAUGAAGUAAAAUCACCCAACUCACAUUUCUUGUAAAAUUGCUUCUGGUAGUUGCGUGAUUUCACUUCUGGGUCACUAAUGGUACCUUUGUAGUAGAUUUGUAUUUAAGAAAUUGAAAUAAAACACUGAUUAUAAAA